AUGGAUAGAUUGCAAACAUGGUUUGUCCGCAAGGACAAACUAAGCCUACCAUUGUGGCGGACCAUGUCGACAAAAUGUUACAUGGCGUUCAGUGCCCUCAGUGCUGGAGCCACGGUCAUCACAUUUUUUUUGAUAUACUGGUUCUGUGGUGGAUUACUGGCACUAUCGUUUCUGCUCAUGAGUAUUGUCGGGUUUGUUUACCAUUCAGAAGACUACUUAUUAUAUUAUCCAGAUCUGCCUGAUCACUCUCGUAUUUUUGUACCACAGCCAUCGAUGUAUGGUCUGCCAUAUGAAAACAUAUUCAUCAAAAGUUUAGAUGGCACACGUUUACACUUAUUCUUGAUAAAACAACCAGGAGAUUUUUCUAAGAUGGUGCCAACUAUUUUAUUCUUGCACGGGAAUGCAGGAAACAUGGGCCAUAGAUUAACCAAUGUAGUGGGCUUCUAUAAUGAGCUGAGAUGCAACAUCGUAAUGUUGGAAUAUCGUGGGUAUGGAUUGUCACAAGGAUCACCUUCAGAAAGAGGUUUCUACAUGGAUGCAAGUGCUGCAAUAGACUUUAUUUUAACUCGUAAUGAUCUAAAUCUUGGUCGAAUUAUAGUAUUUGGACGUUCGUUGGGUGGUGCAGUCGCCAUUGAUUUAGCUGCUCGGUUAGAAUACACCCAAAAAAUCUGGUGUGUUAUUGUUGAGAAUACAUUUACAUGUAUACCAGAUAUGGCAACAGAAAUUAUGUCUUCUGAACUUUUGAAAUACAUCCCUCUAUUUUUGUACAAAAAUAAGUAUAUGUCCAAUUGGAAAAUGGGCAAACUACAAGUACCAAUAUUGUUUGUUUCGGGCGAAGAAGAUACAUUAGUUCCUCCAUCAAUGAUGACAAAUUUAUUUGAUGCUUAUUGUGGCCCUUUAAAACAGAUUGUAAGGUUUAGAAGAGGUUCGCAUAAUACGACAUGGAACUGUCCUGGUUAUUAUCGGAAGAUUAGAAAAUUUUUAAAAAUCACAGCAAAACACAGACCUACUGCUGAAGAUCUCCACUGUGUCAUCAAAAUUGUUUGA